AUGGCAGGCAGCAUCAACAAUAUUAGAGAGUACCUAGCACAUCUGCCACAGCUAUCGAAUUACCAGUUGAAUGAUACGGUGCUAUACCAACUUUGGAAGGUUCUUUUCCAGUGUCUGCUAAGUGAUGAUGGGGGAGGUUCGAAUGGUGUUGAUUGGAAGGGUUUGUUGCAUGUUUAUGAAAGUCCCAAUUGGACGAAUGGGGUAUUUCAGUCUAUACGGCUACCGUCAGGAUGGCGGGAGAAGUUUUUGGAUGAUUACACAAAGAUGAGCUGUGCCGCCGUUAACGAUCACAGAGGUACCAGUUGUAAUAAGCAUUCGCAGCCGACGGAGACGGUGUAUUAUUGUUUUAAUUGCACCACGAACCCGUUGUAUGAGAUAUGUGAUGCAUGUUUUGAUCCUAGUAAGCAUGUAGGUCAUCGGUAUACUUCGAAGGUGGUUAGCAGGCCGGAGGGGAAGGUAUGUCACUGCGGAGAUCCGUCAGGUUUAAGUGAUCCAAAAAAUGGGUACGAAUGCAAGAAUGCGCUGAAUAACGGACCGAAGGAUAUGUUAGAUUAUGCGCACGAUGAGAAGUUUAUUUCGGUUCUUGCUCCUGUAUUGGAUUACAUUAUUGACACAGUUACACAAGUGAAAGCGUGGAACAGUGACGAUGUGUUUUUGACCGUUCCUAUGAUGCUGCAACAAUCUGAAUACCAUGCAUUGCAGUUGUAUGAAAAGGACUGCAAAAUUCACAUAAAGGACUUGGCUGCAAAAAUCAGCAGAGUGUUGCACAAGCCCUUAGAGUAUGGCAUAAUUAUGGUGGAAAAGUUGGUUCGUGGUGAUGCAUUUGUUAUUAUAUUGGAAUCUAAAGAUACCCAGAAGCUUAAAAUGAUUAAAGAUUUAUUUGCAAGUGAACAUGUUACGGUGCAUAUGAAAAACAAGAGUAAAAUUUUCCAAGAGUACAUAGUAGAUGAGCUUAUCAGGUGGAUUUAUGAAUUGUGUUGUAGAAGACCUGAUGUUAGCAGGAAGUUGGCUCUUCGAGUAGGAAUGAUGGAUGCAUGGGAUUCGAAAAUUGCUGGAAUGAAGUACAGUGAGUCUUCUAUUUGUUCACAGUGGUCUAAAAUAUGUUUAUCAGGAAAUUUCACUGUGCAAUUCAAUCAAAGAAGCACAUUUCCAUGGUGUGUACCUUGGGAAUUCCGACCUGCGAAAGAUGAAAAGUAUGAUCCUAGAUUGUUAAAAAUUAUGGAUCAAUAUGAUAAGCGACUAUCCAAGAUGGAUCUCGAAGAUUCCACAACAAGGUCCCCGCACUUGGAGGGCUCUCGUUUUCAAUAUUUGGUGACAAGCGGCACGACUGUAAUGUCUAAGAUAUCGAAAUUUAGAAUGAUGAAGAUAAUUUGCUCUAUGUUUACUAUUAUUGAUGAUUCUAAAAAGUGGCUAGCUGCCCAAUAUUUGGAUGUUUACUGUGCUGUCCUUUAUAAUACGGUUGCAUCCGAAUCUGCUGAUUACAAGAUUUCCUUAAUGAAUAUGUUAUCUCAAUACAUAUUUCAAAACCCAAAUAUUGCAAAUAUGGUCAUCAAGAAGGCUCCAGGGUUUAUUCAAAGGGCUUUGCAGUUUGCAUUUGCCUUACUGUCAUUUUCGCCCGCCACUUUAUUCGAUUGUCCUCCUAUCCCAUUGGCAUAUGAUUUAAAAUUACCGGAAGAGAGUAUUAAAAGCAAGAGAUCAGUAGUUUGCUUUAAGGAUGUUUAUCUGAUAAUGUCUACAAACACGGUACCAGAAGCACUUUUCCAAAAUGAAGAGUUAACAGCAGUUAUAAUCAAAUGUUUUUCAUCAUUUAACAAUAUCUUACCUUUAAGAAGAGAGGCUAAAGAACAUGUGGAAUUUGAAAACUUUGAUUUUUCGUCAUAUUAUUUUUUAUUUUCCUCGAUUUUGGUCAUGGUUGAUGGUUUUGUAAGAAACGUGUGCCUAAUUAAAGAUCCAGAGCUUCGCAGAGAGGUGGUUCACCAUUUACUAACUUGGUCGAUGAAUCUGGAAAUUAGACUACUAAAUCUGUUUCGUAGAGGUGUUUCUCCAACAGAAGCUUAUUGGGAUCCAUUAGAAGAGGAUUAUACAAAACUUCAAGUUCAAACAACCAGAGAAACAGUUUGUGAUGUAAGUUCUGAUGUUAUAAGUUUUCAAGUUGGCGUAGAAGUUCAGAACUUUUUCAAUCCAAUGUCAUAUUUCUUUAAAUUUGUGCUGCAAUGGAGCCAGUGCGGAAGGUAUGAAACAUUACCAAAUGAUUUAAAGGGAUAUUUUGAUCUUCAGUCAUUUUUUAAUGAUAGCAAAAAGUUAAUAUGGAUGACAGAAUCUGCGCUAUCAACUUUAGUAUUGAUAGCUCAAAUUAACGUUGGGUUUUGGGUGAGGAAUGGUGCUCCAAUUGUCCAUCAAUUGAGGAUGUACACCAAAUAUAGCAUGCGAGAAUUCACUUACUUUAGUGAUAUUUUUAAUGUACAAUUGGCUAUGAGUCUAGCUAAUCCAAAUGAUUUCUUAGUUGCAUUUAUUUCAAGGUGGAACUUAAAGAAUUGGUCUGCUGGUUUACCUAUGGAUGAUUACCCUGAUAAAGAUAUAACCUCUGGUAUGGCCGAUCAGUGUUUGUUGUUAUUGAUUCAAUUAUUAUCCGAAGUACGGUCUUUAACAAUGUCAUCAUCAGUAGAGGGCUUUGAGAAAACCAUGAGAUCUGAAAUUAUACAUGCAUUAUGUUUUCAUAAUUGUAGCCACAGUAACUUAAUGAAUGUGAUCCCGGAACACGUUACCAAACAUCCUGCAUUUGAUUUAUACCUUGAAAAUUUAGCGGAUUAUACUCCUCCAAGUGGAUUAACAGAUCAUGGCGUUUAUACUUUAAAGGAGGAGUAUAUCACUGAGGUUGAUCCCUAUUUUGUUGGUUUUACAGCGACUAAAAGGUACGAGGCUGAAAAGCUAAUGAGAACUAGGAUGGAAAAGAAUGAGCGUAUUCCCUACGUGAGUACUUUUAUUCCUGCAAAGGAUGUGCUUACUGAAUUAAAAUCUACACCAUUCUGUAACUUAUAUCGGAUCACCAGCACCGAUCUUUUUGGCAUCUUCUUGAAAAGCAGCCUCGAACAUAUCCAAAAGUUUAAAUAUGAAUCAAUGUUGUCGAAAGUUGCUCAUAUUGUCCACUUAUGCUUAGUCAAUAAUUUGGCUGGCUUUGUGAAGGUAUUUUGGAGAGAAUAUUCUUACGAAGAAGCGGAAUUAUCUUAUUACCAUAGCAUAGGAUCUCUGCUCUUCUCCUUUCUUUUAAAGGAAGAGUUUGCAAGUGAUCAUGGUAAGAUUCGUGAAAUUUUCUCAAUGUUACAAAGAGACGCACCUCAUGUUAACAUAGAGGGGUAUUUGAAGGAGCAAACGCCAAGUUACAAUUCUGAUCUCCUAAAGACUCAUACUAGAAGUUUAAAGAGAGGAGAUGAUGAAUAUGAUCGUAAGAAGUUGGCCAAGAAGAAACGAGACAGGUUAUUGAGAAAACUUGCAAAGCAGCAACGCCAGUUCAUGGAGAAUAACAAUGUAACUCCUGAGGAUAUCGACUCAAGGGAGACUACAGUGGACAGCGGUUUUGGGUCACUUGGCUGGGAUUAUCCUGAUGAUACCUGUGUAUUCUGUAAGAUGCCUCGUGUUCAGAAUGAUACCUUUGUUUAUUUUACUCAUUUUGAGCAGAACAUUGUGGAUAAAUACAGUUGCUUCAGUGAUUUACAUCGCUUGCAAACGGUUCAAAGCAAUGAAAACAUUCAGAAGGUUCACGCAUCACAAGGUGAUACUAAUGUUUGUCAUGUUGUUAAAGCAUGUGGUCAUGGAUCCCAUUUUUCAUGUAUGGAGCGUCAUAUGAAAGCUUCCAGGAAUGCGCACAAUCAUAUGACCAAAAACGUUCCUAAUGGAUUAGGGUUUGCAUUAUUAUUUUGUCCACUUUGUAAUUCAUUAGUCAACUCCUUCAUUCCUCGGCUUUGUGAUAUUAAUCCAAGACUUCAAGAAGAUGUUUUUAUCGGUAAUCAUCAGCAUCGAUACACUAUGAGCUCUGAGGAGUUGGAUUCAUUGUGCUUAAAAUCUUUGAUAAUAUUUUGCUCUCUAACUGUGCAGUCCAAAUUCUCCAGACUCCCUGACAUAUAUACGUUAUUUUGCUCCAUAAUUGCGAAUACUGUUUCAAACACAGAACUUAUUGUGAGGGCAGGUGAUCCUUCUGUUAGUAUUACCAAAAGAUUUACAAACCAGCAAUUAUUAACUUUGCGCCUUUUAACGGAGUUGAAGAUAUACAUUUUAGAAAGAAAAUUGUUCUCGCACCAAGGGGGUAAAGGUAGUGAAUUCCCAAGUCCACCAGUACAUGAGUACAAUGACUGGAUGACUUUCAAUGCUGAAUAUUUACACAAUAACCUUUUAUUGGAUGCCUGUCGAUAUUUAAAUCCCCUUGCUCGGAAGGGCACUUCCUUUGGAUCUUUUAUCUAUUCGACCAUCAAGAGAAAGUUGCACCAACUUUUUAUUGCGUUGGCAACAACUUUAGUAGAGGACUCUGGCUGCAUAGUGGAGGAUGAGCAAUAUGAUAUGGAUUGGGAAAGUGACAACUCUAGUUCUGAGCCGUUGGGCGCCGGUUAUAUUCUGAAGAUAGUCCAGUCAUAUAUUGUUGCGUUGUCUGUUGCUAUUUCGAUCAACCAUGCUCAAUUGGAUAGGUUGUUGAGAUGGAAGUCAGUAUUGCAUCAAGUUGUUUACCAAUCCAUUCUCAUAUUUUUGAACAGGGUUUUAAUUUUAAUCUAUGCUGAAUAUCCUAUUAUUAAAAAAGAGUUGCCGAUGACGGACAAUAAUUUAGAUCCUUUAUUGACUUACUUUGGAGUACCGUCCUUGGAUCAGAUUUUGGUCGAUUUCACUGAUAAUGAUCUCCCCUAUACUAAGAAUUCUAUCCUGGAGUGUUCACUGGGCCCAAAUGUUCAAGUAUAUGCACAAAAGGUCUACUCUCUAAGAAUAGAAUCGCCUUAUGGCUCUCCAUUAGUGCCAUUACCCAAGAGAUUAUCCGAACUAUUAUCCAGUGAGGAAGAACAAGUGCAAUAUCGCAUUAAUAGACAUGAAGUCGCUAUAUGUUUAUUUUGCGGUUCCAGAGUAUUUAUUCAGAAUGCUUCCAUGUUGCAUAAUUUUAUGAUUGGGGAGUGUACAAAUCAUUAUUUUAAUGAAUGCACUCAAAUGGCUGUGUAUGGAUGCUUUUUAUUGGUUAGAAGCAAUACUGUGUAUUUGGCAUAUGGUGAUCGCGGCACAUUUUUUAAAGCGCCAUACAUCAACAAGCAUGGAGAAGUUGAUGAGGACUACAAAUAUGGAACACCGGUAUUUCUAGACGACAAAUUGUACUCCCAUUUACGUAACGAUAUUGUUCUUGGUGGUAAAAUACCCCACUUGGUCCAUAGACUGACCGAAAACAUGUCCGAUGUCGGUGGUUGGGAAAGUAUGUAG